UCGAAUCGGCAAACGCUAGAAUCAAGAGAUUCAAAUAUCUGGAUCAUGUGAUGCCAAAUAGCCAGCUGCCAUUUAUUGGUGACUUUGUUAGAAUUGUUUGCGCCAUCUCAAACAAAUACUUCCCCCCUCUAAGUUCCCCAGACCAAGUCGAACAAGAUGAAUUGAUCGCCGAAAAGAUGCUGCAACAAAAUGAAAAAGAAAACGAGCUGAAAAUGUUAGUAGAAGAGAAAGGUCUUGCUAGGAAAAAGACGAUUUGGCGGCCUAUUGAAGAUUGUGAAGUACAGGGAUUUCCGCGUUUAAGUGAUGAACAGCUAAGUGAACUAACACUUGGUGUUUACCAAUUGCGUUUGAGUUCCAGCUACAUGCAAGAGCAUACAACUGGAAAUUGUGACAUUAAAGUGCAUGUUCACGAGCAAAGUUUGAUUUCUGCAAAAUUGCAAAGUCGCCAUACAUCUAGCAGAAGGUACAUGCUGUGGAUACAGUGUUUUUUUAUGGAUAUGGUCGAAUCAUGGUAUUGCCAAUGCAAGACUGGAUCGCGAGUGGUUGGAAUGUGUUCACACAUUGCAGCCGUAGUCUGGUUCUUGUCUGCCGAGAGGAACUGGAGAGAGCGGGACAGGGAGCUUACCAAUAUGGAGGACCUACGGGAUGGACCUGGUGUUGGCAUCAGAACAUCGAGGGUGUGGCCCUAG